AUGCUACAACCUAAGACAGAAAAUGAGACUGUAGCUCCAGUGUUCGCCAUGGAGCAAGAUAUAAACGCUGCACCUGAUGCCGUCCCAUUGGUGCAGACAACAACAUUGCAGGUCUUUGUGAAACUUGCCGAGCCCAUAGUGUUCUUGAAAGGGUUCGAGUCUAAUGGAUUGUCUGAAAUAGCCCCCAGUAUCUUAAGAGGAUCUCUUAUCGUCAGAGUGUUAAAGCCAAACAAAUUGAAAAGCAUAUCGAUAACGUUCAAAGGGAUUUCCAGAACAGAAUGGCCGGAAGGUAUACCCCCCAAGAGGGAAGAGUUCUCAGAUGUAGAGACUGUUGUUAAUCACACUUGGCCAUUUUAUCAGGCAGAUGAUCAUAUGAACUCUUUCACUUUAGAGGAUCAUAACUUCAACAACUCAUCCAAUCGCCCAUCUAUAAGUGAAGAAGACCAUAUACUAGAGAUGAGUGGUGCUUCAAUAUAUUUUCCACCAACCAUGGAACCAAUCAAAGGUAACAGUAAUCUGAGUCUGGAUGCGUAUGAGCGCAACUCACUCUCAUCGGAUCAUUUGAGCAACAAGCCUGUAUCAAGUGAUAUAUCUAACGAUGACAAAAGUCUUUUGGCAACCCAAAAGGCCUCGGUUCCCUCAUAUAGCCGUAGAGGAUCGGUGCCGGCGAAUUUCCAUGGCAAUGCACUGUCACCAUCCAACUUUAUAUCCGAUUUAUUCACAAGAACAUUUAGUAAUAGUGGUGCCACUCCAAGCCCGGACCAAGAAGACAAUAGCAUUACCUUAUUCAAAGACACGAAAGACGUUUUUGUUUUUAAACCUGGUGAUUAUAUUUAUACUUUUGAGCAACCAAUAUCACAAUCCUAUCCUGAGAGUAUUAAGGCGAAUUUCGGUUCCGUGGAGUAUAAACUGUCAAUUAACAUCGAACGGUUUGGUACCUUCAAAUCCAGUGUACAUGCCCAGUUGCCUAUUAAAAUCGUAAGGCUUCCCUCUGACGGAUCCGUGGAAGAAACCGAAGCUAUUGCAAUUUCCAAGGAUUGGAAGGAUCUUCUACAUUAUGACGUGGUCAUUUUCUCAAAGGAAAUUGUUUUGAAUGCAUUCUUGCCCAUUGAUUUCCAUUUUUCUCCACUGGAUAAAGUUACUCUACAUCGGAUAAGAAUAUAUCUAACCGAAUCUGUCGAAUACACGUGUAGUAGCAACGGUAAUCGUGCGAAGGCUCGUCGACUGGAACCAACCAAAAAGUUUUUGUUAGCUGAACACAAUGGCCCAAAACUAUCACAUAUUUCUGCUGGUUCGAAUCCAUUAAAAGCCAAAAAUAGGGGAAACAUCCUGUUAGAUGAAAAAUCAGGCGAUUUAGUUAACAAGGAUUUUCAAUUUGAAGUAUUUAUACCAAGCAAAUUCACAAAUAGCAUACGGUUACAUCCCGAUACAAAUUACGAUAAAAUUAAAGCACACCAUUGGAUAAAGAUUUGUUUACGUCUUUCCAAGAAAUACGGAGACAAUAGAAAACAUUUCGAAAUCACUAUUGAUUCGCCAAUUCACAUACUGAAUCAAUUAUGCUCUCACGCAAAUACCUUAUUACCAAGCUAUGAAAGCCAUUUUCAAUAUCCCGAAACGAAGAACGAUUCCGCCGCACCAACAAUAGACCAACAAAGUCAGUUCAAUAGUGCGCCAACUCAUCAUGACUCAAAUUUUUUCUUCCCAAAGGAAAUUUUAUCAUCACCCGUUCUUUCACCAAUUGUGCAGAAAACCAACAUCAGAAUACCGUCUGAUCUCCCGGUCGUACGUAACAGAGCUGAAAGUGCAGAGAAAAAGGAUCCGGAUAAGCUUUCCAAGGAGAUGGCCCAGAACGGUAAUGUCUUCGCCUCCAAACAACUAAUGGCAAACAUUUACAAACCUAAUCAAAUUCAAAGAGAAUUGACUUCCCCUCAGGCCUUACCGCUGUCUCCCAUUGCUUCGCCAAUACUGAACUAUCAACCAUUUUCGAAUUCACCCCCACCAGAUUUUGAUUUUGAUUCAGCCGGGCAUGAUAUUAGCAGUGAAAAUAAUAUUCCUAUAGACCCUCCAACAUAUUCCGAUGUCUUAAAGGCUGAUGGCAUUGAUUUACCAUGUUAUGAUACCAGUUCAUCUAGGAUUCCAGAACUUAAGCUGAAUAAAUCUAGAGAAACAUUGGCUAGCAUCGAGGAGGACUCCUUUAACGGGUGGUCACAAAUCGAUGACUUAUCUGAUGAAGAUGAUAAUGACGGCGAUAUAGCAUCCGGGUUUAAUUUCAAAUUAUCAAAUAAUGUUUCGAGUGAAAAUGUAAGUUCACACACUCCUAUUUUACAAUCUUUAAACAUGAGUCUCGAUGGGAGAAAGAAAAAUCGCACCAAUCUACAUGCACCGUCAGUGUUACCAAGUACCAUAAGACAAAAUAAUCAACAUUUUAAUGAUAUAAAUCAAAUGCUAGGUAGUGAUGAUGAUGGCGCUUCCCUGAAAUGGCAAUCACCAAACUCAAAAAGAUCAUCGUUACAACAAAACUCAAAUACAGUCAAAGUACAGAGUUCCAUCAACAAGAAACUACCUAUUCUCAAAAUAAAUGAUAACAUCAUUGAACGGAAGAGUAGUGACAAACUUGAGGAUCCCGAAGACAUCGUUGAUUCUUCAGUGGACAUCACAGCAUUUUACGAUCCAGGGAUGUCAUCGGAUUCUAAAUUCGAUUGGGAAUUAGCGAAGAAUCACGUAGACCCGACGAGCUAUUCCGUAAAUGUUGCUAGUGACAAUCAAGUAAUGGACGACUUUAAGGAAGCAUUUCGCGAAAAGAAAGGUAAAUAG